AUGGCUUCCGCAGCACACACCUCGGCCCUCGAUCAUAACAUCACCGUAAAGGUGAUGUUCGAGGGCAUCACCCGCCGUACCAAGAUGCCGCUUCGAGAUAUGAUUCCAGGAACCCUCGAAUCUAACAUCCGCAAUUUUCUGCAUCUAUCUCCAGACGCUGAUGUCGCGUUUGAGCGAUACUCAGACUCUGCGGCUUCCUUUAUUCUUCUCGAGCACGGGAACAUCCCCAUCUACAAGCAGCUUUACCGCGCCGCCAAGGCGAAGUCUAAGCUUAAGAUCCGAGUCACCGUGAAGGAGCAAGCCAAGCCCACAGUACCCAAGCCCGUCACUGUCGAGGAUGAGCCCGAAUCUUCUGCAUCGGCCGAGGCUCCUGUCAGUCUAGACGAGCCCCCUAAAGAAAUUGAUGAUGCCGCGGGGGAGAACAGUUCGGCUCCCGCACCCGCCACCGACGCUCCUGCGCCAACUCCAGUACCAGAUGUCACACUGCCCGAGACUACGCUUCCUGUUCGCAUCAACCCUAUCUCCCGUACUUACGAUGCUGCUCUCCUUAGCGAUGCAGCACGACUUUGCGGGGCAUCACAAGCCAGAGGCCAGGAGCUCGAGAACCGAUUUGCUAACUUGAUGGAUCAAACAUCAAUUUCACACUAUGCGCCUCUAGCAUUCAGUUCUGACAGUCAGCAAUUCCCUUUCUGUCCACCCAGGCCUUCGCCCUUCAGAGGCCCCAUCAUGGGCCCUGGUGGCACCACCUUCUCCGUGGCCUGCAACAGCUGCGAGAAUAACAUCCCUAAUAUUCAUUACCAUUGCUCCACCUGCGAUGACGGAGAUUUUGAUCUCUGCCCAUCUUGCGUUGACCAAGGAAUUACCUGCCAUGGCCGCGACCACUGGUUGAUUAAGCGUUCGACCGUCGACGGACAACUCGUCCAGAGUACAACUGAGACGAUCGCGCCCAAGCCUAAGCCUAAACCUGAGGUCAAGGUUGAAACCGUCAUUGAGACCAAGAUUGAGCCCCAGGCUCAGCAAUUGCCACUUCCUAAAUCUGUCUUUGAGCCGAUUCCCCCUCCCUUUGCACCGCUUGGCAUUAUGCGAACAUGCAACUGCUGUAUGCAAGAACACCCUGAAGCUGAGUUUCUUCACUGUAGCGUCUGUGAAGACUUUGAUCUUUGCCAGGCAUGCUUCGCCAAGGAUACCCAUGGCCACCAUCCUAAGCACGGGUUUGCCCCUGCCGUAAAGGGCACUAAGAUGCCUGACCGUAUUCAUGUCAAGAUGAGCCCUGGCCGCAACCGCAUGCACCACGCUAUUUGUGACGGCUGUGACCAAAGCAUUUUUGGUGUUCGUCAUAAGUGUCUUGAUUGCCCUGAUUGGGACUACUGUGCCGACUGCAUCAAGGCUGUUAAGCACACUCACCCUGGCCACCGAUUUGCGCCUAUCUACGAGCCUCUCACCGAUGUUCGCUCACGCGCUCCUGCCGCUGUCCAUGUUGGCAUCUGCUGUGAUGGGCCCCUGUGCAAUGGAAGCAACGCUUAUCCCAGCUACAUCCGUGGCAUUCGAUACAAAUGUGCUAUCUGCAACGACUUAGAUUUCUGCGCCAAUUGCGAGGCCAGCCCUGGUAACACUCACAACAAGACCCAUCCCUUGAUUCAGUUCAAGACUCCCAUCCGUGCCGUCAGUGUCACUAGCACUGGCGAGACCCCCGAUGGUCAGCGCAUGCCAGAAAUGGGUGACCGUCAAACAACUUUUAAGGCUACUGAGACCGUGCCUGCUGUUCGCAGCAAUUCCAUCAACCCUGUGCGCACGAUUGUUAAUGUUCAGCCUUCUGAGCCUGCUCCCGCCAAGGUGACUGUCGAGACUCCUGAGCCCGAGAUCAAGAAGGAAGCCCCUGUUCCAGCGCCUACCCCAGCCCCUAAGGCUGAACUGAAGGGUGUUUUCAUUCGUGAGACCACUCCUGAUGGUACUAUCCUGCCCCCCAACCAUGUUUUCGAGCAGACAUGGACCCUCCGUAACGAGGGCAAGGAGAACUGGCCUGCUGGCUGCUCUGUCAGGUUUGUCAGUGGCGACUACAUGGGUCAUGUAGACUCUAACCAUCCCGCUGGCAUCUCUGAGCUUGUGUCGGCUUCUGAGUCUACAGUCUGCUAUGCUCCUCUUGGGCCUGGUCAAGAAUUCCCCUUCACUGUUCUACUUCGAACACCCGCUCGCCCUGGUAAGGUCAUUUCUUACUGGCGCCUUACCACUCCCACCGGCGAGAAGUUCGGUCACCGACUGUGGUGCGACGUGAACGUUCGUGUUGUUAAGGAGGAACCCAAGCCUGAGAUCAAGAAGGAGACUACACCGGUCGAUGAGCCCCAGCAGGAAGAUGAAAGCCAAGCCUCGAGCCAGAUGAUUUUCCCCAAGCUGGAGAAGGAGUCACCUGUGGCCAGCAUUCACGAGGCCGUUGACCCUGUCCCUGUUGUUGAGCCUAAGGAGUCCGACAGCAUCGAUGAUGAGUGGGACUGCUCUGAAGGUGGUUUCAUGACGGAUGAGGAGUACGACAUCCUAGAUGCUUCCGACGAAGAGUAUCUCAUGGAGCAAAAGAAGAAACUUGACACCAAGUAG